AUGAGCAUUCGACGUAAAAGUACGAUCUCUCAUGGUCAUAAUCUAUCACAACGUCGUGCAUCAGUUGUAUCACUCUAUUCAGCGUUAGAUCCACACGAUCAUGAUCAUGAUUAUCAUCGAUUAUCUCGUUGGUUUUCAGUGAUAUUUGUACAAAAACUUGAUAUAUAUCAUGUUCUCGAAAGACAAGAAGGUAAACGUACACUUGCCUAUCAUUUAUUUGUAUUUGCUAUAACCCUGAUAUCACUUGUAUUUGGUUCCAUAUCAACUAUUAAAGCAUGGAGACAAAAAUUAGAUGCACCAUUAUAUUAUGGUGAAUUAGUUUUAUGUAUAUUUUUUGCUUUUGAAUUAUUAUUACGAAUAUGGUCAGCUGGUUGUCUUGGACAAUAUCGAACAUGGGUUGGUCGUUUAAAAUUUAUAAGUCGACCUGUUAUUAUACUUGAUAUAUUAACAUUAUUAGGUUUUACAAUAUCAUUAGGAACAGGUAUGAAAGCAGGAGAAUUUCCAACAAUCACAUUAAAAUGUCUACCACCAUUACAAAUGAUAAGAUUUUUACGUGUCGAUAGACAAUUAUCAUCAUGGAAAGUUUUAAAAGGUAUUAUUAUAACACAUCGUCAAGAAUUAACAGUUACAUUAGUUAUUUCAUUUAUGUUUCUUAUUACGGGCUCUUAUCUUGUCUAUCUUGCUGAAACAUCAGUUGAUCCAAAAUUAAAUACUGGAUCAUUUCGUUCAGUAGCUGAUACGAUGUGGUUUUCAAUUAUCUCGAUGACAACAAUUGGUUUUGGUGAUAUGUAUCCAACAACAUAUAUUGCUAAAAUGAUAGCAACAACAAUCUGUCUUCUUGGUGUUGCAUUUUGGUGUUUACCAGCAGGUAUUAUUGGAAGUGGUCUUGCUAUAAAAGUUCAAGAACAAAAACGUGAUGAAGCAUUAAGUCGUUUAGUACCUGCUGCUGCAAGUGUUAUACGUAAUUGGUGGCGUCUUCGAUGUACUUAUCAUGGUGAUCGUUUUGCAUCAACAUGGAGAAUAUAUACAUUAAUUCAACGUCGUGUCAAUGCUCUUUUACCAUCAAAUCAAAAACCUGAAACAGCACCACCUAUCUUACCAUUUGGAACAAAUAAUACACGCUCAGAAACAAAUCCAUUUCGAUUUCCUUUUACAAAUUCAACAACAACAGCAAUCACAAAAUCAGAACAUAUACGACGAAAAUCUAUCACGAGUAUUGAUGAUUUACCAAAACGUUAUGUAACAGCCAUAAAAAUUAUUCGUAUUUUAAAAUAUUCCGUUGCUUGUAAAAAAUUUCAAGAAGCAAAACGUCCAAUUGAUAUCAAAGAUGUUGUUAAAGAAAAUACUCAAAUGAAUAAUCGUUUAUCAAUUAUGUUAAAUGAUGUACAACGUCGUUUAGAUUUAGCAUUAGGUACAACAAAACCAGCAUCAUAUUUACCUGAUGAACAAAAACGACAAUUAAGUUUAAGUGCUCGUAUUGAAAAAGUUGAAGAUGUUGCAAAUCAAUUUGAAACAAAAUUAACUCAUUUAGAAAAAUUAGCAAUAACUCUAGUUGAAAAUCUGUACAAAGAAAAAAAAUAG